AUGGGCUCUGUGCGGCCCCGCUCCCUGAUCACCCCCCGCCUCCAGAGCCCCCCUGCUCAGCAUCUCCCGCCACCCGAUGGCGCUGGGCAGCGCAGUCGUACUGCGCACCCGCGCAAGCCCCGCCGCCGCAGCCAGGGAUCCGCGGACACACGUUUCUGUAGCUGCCCUGCCCAGAGAAAACAGCCCUGGCCCCAGGACUUGUGCCUGCACUGCGGCCACGACCAGCAGCUCUGGCUGUCAGGGAUGAGCCCGUGCGGGCUGUUCCGGGAAUGCAGCGGUGCGGCCGGGCUCUCCCAUUGCCUCCUGGCCGCCUUCUGCCCGGUGGGAUUCGCGGGCCCCGAGCUGUUCCGGGCCGCAGCCGUUAUCCCUCUCGCCCCCCGGGAGCGGCGCCUCUUGUGCGGCCUCUCGGCAGGGCCUGUUUCUCGAUUGCUAGGUGCUUUCAAAAACCAAAAACAGGUGACCAGAAGUUUUAGUAGUGCUGUACAAACAGUAACUUUAAUCCCAGGAGAUGGCAUUGGACCUGAGAUUUCUGCUGCUGUUGUGAAGAUCUUUGAUGCUGCCAAAGCUCCUAUUCAGUGGGAAGAGAGGAAUGUUACAGCUAUCCAGGGACCAGGAGGGAAGUGGAUGAUACCUCCAGAUGCCAAAGAAUCCAUGGAUAAAAACAAAAUGGGAUUAAAAGGGCCUCUGAAGACUCCCAUUGCUGCAGGGCACCCCUCCAUGAAUCUGCUGCUGCGUAAAACCUUCGACCUCUACGCGAACGUGCGCCCGUGCGUGUCGAUCGAAGGCUACAAGACCCCCUACACAGACGUGAACAUCGUCACCAUCCGGGAGAACACGGAAGGGGAAUACAGUGGGAUUGAGCACGUGAUUGUUGAAGGUGUUGUGCAGAGCAUCAAGCUGAUCACAGAGGAAGCGAGCAAGCGGAUUGCAGAGUUUGCUUUUGAGUAUGCCAGAAACAACCAGAGAAGCAACGUUACUGCUGUGCACAAGGCAAAUAUUAUGAGAAUGUCUGAUGGGCUUUUCUUGAGAAAAUGCAGGGAGGCAGCAGAAAACUGUAAAGAUAUUAAAUUUAAUGAAAUGUAUCUGGAUACAGUGUGUCUGAAUAUGGUUCAAGACCCAUCACAAUUUGAUGUGCUUGUUAUGCCAAACUUGUAUGGUGACAUCCUCAGUGACUUGUGUGCUGGACUGAUUGGGGGUCUUGGAGUAACACCAAGUGGAAAUAUUGGUGCUAAUGGAGUUGCAAUUUUUGAAUCGGUUCAUGGGACAGCACCAGACAUUGCAGGAAAAGACAUGGCAAAUCCAACUGCCCUUCUCCUGAGCGCUGUGAUGAUGCUGCGUCACAUGGGACUCCACAAUUAUGCCACAAAAAUUGAGACAGCUUGCUUUGAUACCAUUAAAGAUGGAAAGGUCUUGACAAAAGACUUGGGAGGCAAUGCCAAGUGCUCAGAGUUCACAGAGGAGAUCUGCCGCCGGGUACGGGAUUCGGACUGA